AUGAUAAUCAUCUGGGGCUCGUGGCUAGCCUUUGACGCUGGUACAACUCUGGCACUCAACUUCCAGUCUGUCAUGGCUCUGUCGGUGACAAAUCUUUGUGCGGCAUCCGGCUGCAUCACGUGGCUUCUUCUAAACUACUACGAGACGCGAAAGUUCUCGGUCGAUGUUGCCUUUAUGGGAUCUCUCGCUGGCCUGGUCAUGAUUACGCCAUCUGCUGGCUUUAUCGACAUGCCCACUGCCCUACUAUUCGGAGUUGUCGGAGCCCUUGUCUGCCGACAAGCCCUGCGGAUUAAGUUCACGAAAUUCGCCCAUCACUGGAGAUGGGUUGACAAUGGUGAUACCUUUGCAACCCAUCUGUGCGGAGGAAUCCUGGCCACUAUCAUGACAGGGCUGUUCGCGCAGAAGGAAGUUGCUGCCUACGGAGGCAUGGAAGUCGCCGGUGGCGUCAUAUUCGAUGGUCACAUUUCUCAGUUGUGGAUUCAGAUUGUAGAGGCCCUUGUCGGGGCCACUUGGGCCUUUACGAUUUCCUUCAUCAUCAUGGCGAUCCUCGACUCCAUCCCGGGAUUGGAAGUGCUGGCUGUUGACCGUGAAAUUAUGGAAGGAUUGGAUCUCCAUCAAACAGAAGAGCAUCUUUGUUCCGAGGACUACGCGGAUGAGGCAAACUACCGUCCCAUCCCAAGUGCCUUGGAAUUCUUGCCUGAUGGCGGCUCGGAGGAGGAAGUUGCGUGA